GUACACAGUAGAAAGGAAUAUGCAUUUAUUUCUGCCUGUUGAAUGUUGAGUCAUACGUUUGCUGAGGUUUGCCCGAGGACUUCUCCAGCAUCUGAAGUGACCGACAUCACGCCAUCCUUGCUGGGUCAUUUCUACGAAGACAGGCAUAAACUCACAUCACGAUGUCUUCUGGGACAAAUAAGGAAGAACUCUUUAAUGUACAACUCUCAAGUGACAGUGACACAGGAGAUGUAAAAACUGUUGACAAUCCAUUUAUUAACCCUGGAGAAAUGAGAACAGACACUUACAGCAGCCUAGACCCGGAUGUGAACCCAGAUGAAGAGGAAGAGAAACAUCGUCUCAUUGCCCAGGUGAUGGAGUUGCAGAAUACUCUGGAUGACCUAUCAUCACGUGUUGACACUGUGAAGGAGGAAAAUCUGAAACUCAAGUCAGAGAACCAGGUGCUUGGUCAGUAUAUAGAAAACCUCAUGGCUGCCAGUAGUGUGUUUCAGUCAACAUCUCCCAAGAGCAAGAAAAAGUCCUCUAAGAAAAAGUUUGAACAGUGAGGAAACACUGUCAAUGAAUUCAUUUUGCGGCAAAGUGCAAUAGUGACAAUUUGUUGUUGUACCAAAGUGAACAGUAUUUAGAAGCUUUUUUUGCCAUGCUGUUCAUUGUAUCACACUUGGAGCUGUCACUGCUAAGCAUGGGCCACCUGUAUCACCACUAGUGUUGUGUUACUCCGUUUGGCUGAACAUGUGUGUAGAUUUUCUUGAAAAGAUGAUCUACUGCAUAAGUUUUGUAGUCAGUAUUGAUUUUCUAUUCUCUGUAAAUGAGUAAGGUUCUACGCUGGAAGUUAAUGUAAGUAUGAUUUAUCUGUACGUUAGAUCUGUACUCAAUAUGAUUUUCUCUACCUGAAAGUUUCAUAUUUGAUGAUAUGAGUAUAAUUUAUCUACUUGGUACUACCACAUCAGAUCUAUACUCUGUAAAACUAGGGAGAUUUUCUUCAUUGGAUCAGUCGAUCAUGUCGUAGGUAUACAAACUAAUCAGCAAUUUGUAUAAUGUUUGGUAUAUGAUAUCUUUUCUAUAAUUGGUAAGUAGGUAUAUUUCUUGUCAAGAGUAAGACAGUAACAUUCCAAGUGAUCAGUUUUCAAAUUUCAUAGACAAAAUGAACCUUUGGUAAAACACCAUUGUUGAAUACAUUGACUAUCACAUUCUGUACAGGUUUUAGUCAUCUUACCUGGUAUUUUGUCCAUCUUGUCAAUAUAAUUUAGUAAUGCUUUUUUUGUUCACAUUAACUUAUGCACUGAUCAUUAUUAUAUAAUGUACACAUUACAUUUUUUAUGUAACAUUUAUACUGAUCUUGAGAAAAGAAAUGCUAAUUUUGAAUAUAUAUCUGUGAGAUUAUUCAGAACCAGAGGAAAAUAAUCUUGCAUUUAAGUACUGCUGUAUUUAGAAUAUAAAGAACAUCACAGGGCACGAAUUGAGCAUCUUAUUUUGGAAGUUGUAAUUCCAUUUUCAGACAAAAUUGAUAUUGUUAAUAAAAAAAAAAAAAGGUAAUUGACAAAUUGUGAUUAUGAACAUCUGCAUUAUGUUUUUAUAGACCUGAUUUGUUUAUUAUCAGGUUUCAUGAUAGAGAUAUUAUUUGCAGUGACCCUAUUAUUGCCAUUUUACUUCAAAAGUGUUUGCAAUCAAUGUAUCUGAAGCAUGUUUGUCUUGUUCCAUAUUAAAAUUCUCAAAAUACA